AUGAGAAGAUGGUUGCUGGUCUUUGCAUAUUUAUCUCGCGAGCAAAGGGAGUUCGUCGACGCAGAAGUCUGUAAGUUGUUUGACAAAAAGUCUCAUCCAUUAUACAGCGCUUUAAUGAAUAACUUCCGAUGUUGCAUACUAAAGAAAUAUCUCUAUACUCCCUCACUCACAAUUGAACGUCAUGUCUCCACGGCCAGAGAUGGCCGUUAUAAUUACACAGUUAGACUCAUAUCCACUGAACUAAAUAUCUGUCAAGUUUUGCAGCCAGGAAAAGUAAAUUUUUGUUUCCAAAAAUUUGGCCCUCACCUUUCACUUCCGGUACCAGAUUCCACAACACAACGCUCCCAAACAUUAAACCUACUGAAAAGUUUACAAACAGACGUAAAAGUUGUAGUCAUCGGGGCGGGAGUAGCAGGACUUGCAGCAUCAAAUCUUCUAAUUAAUGAAGGUAUAUCGACGUUUCUGGUAGAAGCAUGCGAAAUUGGUGGUAGAAUGAGGAGUUGUAAAAAUGGAAUACCAUUGGGGGCAAAUUAUCUACACUGCAUUCAAGGUGCUGCCACAGAUGUUAGAUCUAGAAGGGGUACCAAGUCUCUAGUGGGUCUAGCAAUGCAACUUAAACCAAAAGUUGCUGAUACUUGCGGCGGAUGUUGGGAAUCGACUUUGUACUGCAAUUGGUACGAUUACCAAGGAAAUAUCAUUCCAUUGGAGCGGGUCGUGUGGAUGCAUCAUCUUUUUGAACUUACCAGAAACGCAGCUAUUGAUUUGAAAGAGUCUGAUGGUACUAUCUAUUUUCGUAGUGGUAUAAAAUCUGGAGCAAGUAAGCCUUUCGAUUUCAGUAGGGGAUCCCUGAUGAUGCUGUACAAUGAAUUAGUACCCACUUUGGAGGCUAAUCCCGUACUGAUAGGGGAGCUGCCCCUACGAAAGGCGUCUCCAGACGAUUCCACGGAUGAUGAAUCCCGCUCCUCCAUUGGUUCAAUUGAGCAGCCACCAAUAGCCACAAAUAUCAGCCUAUUUGAACUGAUAAAGCAAGCAUUUAAAUUCAUAGUCAUAACCAAGCAUUUAUCCCAAAAGGAGCUAACAUUUGUGGACUUUUGUUUGUUUUGGAGCAUUGUGAGAACUAGAUUUGGUUACAAUGGUUCACUGGACGAUAGCAGCAUGUUGAUGUGUAAUAUUAAGAAUGAAAUGAGCACAAGUCACGAAUUUGGCACUCUUUAUGGUGCGAUUAAGGAUUCAAAAUUUAUAGCAGCCAACUCAAGACUCCAAAAUACUGUGAAACCACAGCCAUUUACGUUGAAUAAUUGUUCGGAUAAGGUCAUGGUUGAGGGGUGGAAUUGGUUGAUAAAUCAUUUAGCAAUGCCACUAACUAACUCUAUUUGUACUAAUACUGUUGUAAAAUCUGUGAUGAUCAAUGAUUCUGACACUAAAAACCCCACAGUUAGCGUGACAAUGGUAACCAAAGAUUCGACUCAACUAACCGUCAUUUGUGAAUAUUGCAUUGUGACUGUAUCCCCGGGGGCAUUAACCGACAUUUGUUUUAGUCCCCCCUUAGAGGCUAAACAAAAUGUAUUAAAUAACAUUUCAAUGGGCCAUCACAAUAAGUUGAUAAUGGAGUUUGACGAACAUGAUGUAUUUUGGCCAAAAGAUACAAUUCAGUUCAAUUGUCUUGAUCAUAGGUUUCAAUUUAUGAAUUUGCAUGCUUAUGGGCAUAAGGGGAUGUUACUGGCACACCUAUUUCCUCCAUUCUCCAUAGAUUACAACGGGCUAACUGAUAAUGAGGUUCUAGAUGAAUGCUUGAAAAUUUUAUCGCUAAUGUUUAAAUGCACAGUAAAUAAGCCUAAGUAUUACUAUUUGACUCGCUGGCAUGAUGACCCUUAUACAAAGGGUUCAUAUUCCUACCCUAAGUCCGGUGCAUCGGGUGAUGACAUUUUUGUGUUAAGGGCUCCUCAUCCCAUCGACAAUCCGAAGGUGCUAUUUGCAGGGGAAUAUCUAUCCCGGUCGUAUUACCAAUGCGUUGAUGGUGCUUAUGAUACAGGAAUAAGAGCGGCUGAAGAGUUGGUGUAUAUGUAUAAAAAUUCUAGUGCUUGUGAUUUAGACAAGUAUAUUGGUUAUUAUUUGACGGAUGGUGAGGAUGAAGACGUCAAAUUCGUGCGCAUCGGCAAGGAUCCGCAUGUAAGUGAUAUGUGCCAGACUCGCAUAAAUUGGGAAUUGCAAUCUUACAGUUACAUUAAAAACGGUUGUGAUUUGAACAACGGUGUCAAAAAUAUGGGUGAAAACGUGAUUGUGAAAAGAUGCAAUUGUUGUAUAUACGAGGGUCCUUCGUGUGAAGCGAUUGAGAGAUUGUCCACUGGCAAUAACUAUUUGGCAGUUAAUGGUAUCAAGGGUUAUAAUAGCGCUAACAAUGGUACAAAUGGCAGCGAAUUAGACAUACGGGAGAAGGUGUUGGGUAUAUUUGAUGAGAAGAGGGUUCUGAUAAGAGACAGGAAGGUGUUUGAAAAAAAGGUGGAUAAGCUAAAGCGGAGGCAUAUAUCUCUGAUAAAGUAUGUAAAAAGUUAA